UGCACACACACACACACACACUUUACUUCUUGACUGCCGUCACAAUUUAAACAGCACAUGUAAGGCUUCAGCAGUCAGUAGGGCUCAACAGGCAUCAUGAAACGCUGUACAUUAAGCAAAAACCGUCAGAGGACUCCCCUGAGUCCUUUUCUGUUUCAGCUUCUCUCUUUUAGCUUUGGCUUACUUGUUGCUGAAGGUGCAUAUCUGUAUAAUAUCAGCAGUCUCACUGUCUCUAACAAAACGUCAUCAUCUGUGUAUCUAACCUGGAAUGAGCCACAUGGGAGCAGCUCCUUCUUUAUAGUAAACUGGACUGGUGACAGUGUGAAUAACAGCAGUAACACUUCAAACACAUCUUACACUGUCACUGGUCUGACUGCUGGAGUGAACUACAUAUUCACUGUUACUGCAGUAGCUGCAGAUAACCAAACUACAGGAGCACCAGCUCAAACCUCAGCAUUCACAAAACCUGAUUUUCCAAGAGACCUCAGAGUGACUGAAAUUACAACAAGCUCAUUGUUUCUGAACUGGACUCAACCUGUAGGAGAAAGAUAUUUCUUUAAUGUACAAUGGAGUAAUGACAACAAAACAUUGAAUUCAACAACCACAAACACUUUCUUUAACAUUACUGAUCUGAAUCCUGGAGUCAAUUACACCAUCCUGAUAUCUGCUGUUGCUGCAGAUAAUAUAACAGAAGGAGAAGCAAUUAGUCUUUCAGUCUAUACAAAGCCAGAUUCUGUAAAAAAUCUCAUAUCCUCUGAAGUCACAAGUAGAUCCAUGGUUCUGCGCUGGGAUGUACCCUCAGGAGAAUGGUCUUUUUUUAGAGUGCAGUGGAUGAACAACAAUACAAGAAGUUACAUAACUAACAUUAGCAUCACUGAUCUAGAACCUGGAACAAAUUACACGUUUGCAGUAUCAGCUGUUGCUGCUGAUAAUAAAACAGAAGGAUCUCUGGUUAAAGUUUCCACUUGCACAGGUGCAAGUCCUGUCAUUGACAUAAUCUGUAAAGGACCAAAUCGCUCUUCAACAGCGUUGCUGAACUUAACUUGGCAGAAUCCUCCAGGCAACAACGAAGGAUUCAACAUCAGUCUCAGGCCAACAAUCAGUCUCAGUCCAACAAUCAGUGACUUCAUUCCACAGUGCAAAAAUGUCUGUAACCACAUUUUUUCUAAAAACCUACAAUACUUCACCACUUAUAGUUUGGUUAUUUCAACCCUUGGAUGUGGUGACAGUGGCACAUGGAACUUUAAUUGCACAAUAGGCAUUACAGAGCCAUCUUCUACAGCAAACACUGUUCCAAUUGUUUUGGGGGUGGUGUUACCCAUCAUCUGCCUUUUUAUCAUGGUUAUCAUCAUUGUCAUUGUGAGAAGGCUCCAGAUCCACCACAGUCCUAACCAGAAUGAGAUGAAAGUGCCUACUGAAAGUUCUGACCUGCAAGCAACCUAUAUGAACUUGGCUCAUGUACAGAGACCUGCUGUAGAUUCUGCCACCAAUUCGAACAUCAUGGAAAUAGUAAAUAGUAAACUCUGAAAUAACCCUCAGCGAUUACAUCUGAAUGCAUGUGGCUCACCAUCAUUUAAAAAAGAAUUUGCCAUCUUUUUUUUUAUCCAUCCCUGCCAUAAUUUUCCGUAUCUCAUGAGCAUAAGCCUAUUUCAAAUGCUGUGUUUGUUAUUGCUUUUAUUGUUAAUGGUUUUCACUAUUGGGCAAUACAAAGCCUUAAACAUAAUAAUUUAUCACUUUUGCUAAUCAGUCUUUAUUUCUUCUGUAAAUCUAUAGUAGAUAUACAUAGAUAUAGUAGAUAUAGGGUUAUGGACUUUGUGACAUUUUUAUAAACACAUUUUGCAACUGUAUCAAAUUCCUUUUCUUUGUAAAUUGCCCCCUGGGGAUAAAUAAAGUUUUUUGAAUUGAAUUGAA